CAAAAAGUGGGCUACUUUAACAGAGAAUGAAAGAGCGAGAUAUGGGGGAGACCUGACCUGAUGAUCUGGCGUCUGUGAACUGAAUGAACAGCGGUGAACCUGAAGCGAGUGAAUCAGGAGCUGAGGUAUUACUGUAUGCAUGCAUCAUUUUAUCAGGAGAAUCCUGUCAGCAGCAGUUUGAGCAGCAGAGACGCACAGACAGUUUGUGGCUGUGAGCUUUUGGGUCGGUUUGACAUGCCAAGUUUGUUCAAGCAAGGAGACAUAAUGAUCGGGGGGAUUUUCCCGGUUUUCAACAAAGACAUAAGUAGCACUUCAACAUUCGAGAGCAAGCCACCUGGAGCAAAGUGUGCACGAUUUGACCUGCGAGCUUUUCGGUGGACCCAAGUGAUGAUAUUUGCAAUUGAAGAAAUCAACAAAGAUCCUGCUCUCCUGCCAAACAUAUCUCUUGGCUAUAGGAUCCUUAAUUCUUGUUCAUCUCCUACAAAUACUUUACGUGCUGCACUAACACUGGCUAGUGGACCAGAGGAGAUAGAAUUGACUUCCCCUUGUCCUCCAGCUAUAUCUGCCCUCAUAGCAGAGGCAGGAUCAUCUCAGUCUUUAGCUGUGGCUGGAGCUCUUGGACCAUUUCAAGUGCCAAUAGUAAGUUACUUUUCAACAUGUGCCUGCCUGAGUGACAGAGCUAAAUACCCUACAUUUUUCCGGACAAUCCCCAGUGACUACUUCCAGGCAAAAGCUUUGGCAGCACUGGUCAAACGUUUUGGCUGGCAGUGGAUUGGGGCCAUACAGUCAGACAAUGACUACGGGCGGAAUGGGAUCCUAGCUUUUACUGAAGAGGUUAAAAAGCUUGGGGUUUGUAUUGCAUUUGUCGGAACAGUUCUACGAACAUACACUAUGGAUAAAAUUCUGGAUGUGGUGGAAAUGAUCAAGCAGUCAACUGUCAAAGUCAUUCUGGCUUUCGUUCCAGAGGGUGACUUUUACCCUUUGAUGAAAGAGGUUGUGAAACAGAACAUUACGGGAAUUCAGUGGAUUGCCAGUGAGGCCUGGAUAACAGCAACUCAACCCUCCACACCUGAAAUCUACCAAGCUUUUGGUGGAGCUCUAGGAUUUGUGGUACAGAAGAUGGCUAUUCCAAAUCUAAAACCAUUUCUUACAGGCAUUAGCCCUUAUGCUGAUCCAAGAGCAGCCUUUGUGAGUGAUUUCUGGGAGAUUAUUGUGGGCUGUAGACCUGUUUUACCUGGGGAACACACAGGUACUGAGGCAAUGAAUGGAAUAUGUACAGGCAAUGAGACAUUAAUGAAUUCCCAGGAUGUGUUCUUCAAUGUCACACAGCUCAGAGUGUCCUAUAAUGUCUAUAAAGCAGUUUAUGCCAUUGCACAUGCCCUACAUCAGCUGGUGUUCUGCCAACCAACUGCAGAAAAAACAAUAAAGCCAUGUUUGAAUGCAUCAGAAAUUCAGCCCAAAGAGGUCACUGAUCACCUACAAAGGGUGAAUUUUAGAAAUCAGUUUGGGGAUAAUGUGUUUUUUGAUGUCAAUGGUGACCCUCCUGCUUCUUAUGAUAUUAUUAACUGGCAGCUGAUAGAUGGGCAGGUGCAACAUGUCACACUGGGUCAUUUUGCCUCUGCUGCUAGCAGUGAUUAUAAGCUCAGCAUCGAAGAGGAAGCAAUUGUGUGGAGGACAGGGAAAAUGGUUCCAACAUCGGUAUGCUCUAAUGUUUGUCCGGUAGGAACCAGGAAAGCUCAAAUAAAAGGAAAACCAACCUGCUGUUUUGACUGCAUCCCAUGUGCUGAUGGAACUAUAGCCAACUCAACAGGUAUCAAAAGCAUGUACAGCUGACUGCACACCCUGUCCACAGGAAUACUGGUCCAAUGAAAGGAAAGAUGAGUGCAUCCCUAAAACAGUUGAGUUCCUGACAUAUCAUGAGCCGAUGGGAAUAGCUAUCGCAGUUGUAUCCCUGGUAGGGGUCUUU